AUGAAUGACGACAGGAAUAGCUCGCGGUUUUUGUAUUUUAUGAAGACGUUUUCAGAGGAUUAUAAUCCGCAUGUGGAGAAAAAUCUUAUAAGGUUUUGGGUAUGCGGCGUCUCACUAAAUAUAGUUGCCGUCCUCGGUAUUCUGGGCAACGUGAUAUCCAUGAUCGUACUCUCCCGUCCGCAGAUGAAAUCAAGUUUUAACUAUUUGCUAAUGGGUUUUGCACUCUGCGAUACAAUUUUUGUAAUAAGCAUCAUGCUGUAUGGUGGCAUACCCUUAAUAUACCCGUAUACGGGUCACUUAUUCUGGUAUUUCAACUAUGUGUAUCCGUUCAGCAUAAUUGUAAUAUUACCCAUCGCCAUGAUUGCCCAGACGGCGAGCAUCUAUGUGAUUUUAAUGGUGACUGUGGAACGCUAUGUGGCCGUCUGUCAUCCGCUGAAAGCACGUGAAUUCUGCACCUAUCGACGAGCCAAGAUCUCUUUUAUAGUCUGCGUCUGCUUUGCGAUUGUCUGUGGUAUCCCACGUUUUUGGGAGUUCCACACGGUGAUGUCUCAAUUGCCCAACACGACCACUGUGCUCCACUGUGCGCGUCCGACACUCUUGAGAGUGGAUCCCACCUACCUGAAAGUCUACAAGCACUGGUACUAUUUGAUUGUCAACUAUUUGAUACCCUUCCUCACGCUGGCCAUACUCAAUUGCCUGAUCUACAGACGGGUGAGGCGAGCGAAUCGAGUACGGAAAAGCAUGUCGGGAUCGGAGACGAGGGAAAUGGGAUUGGCAACGAUUCUGAUGUGUGCGGUUGUCGUAUUGUUGAUGUUUAACGCUCUGGCUGUCGUUUUGCACAUCUGUGCGGCUUUCCGCAUUGUGAUGAAUACCAAGUUGAUCUACGUGUCCAAUCUUCUAAUCACUAUCAACAACAGCAUCAAUUUUCUCAUUUACAUCAGCUUUGGCAAAAAGUUCAGGGAAGUUUUUUUACUCGUCUUUGUCAAGCGACGCGUCUGUCGAGUAACGGAUAAGCACUUAGCAAUUAAUAUUUCUUAAUAAUAAAAUCAUUCAAAAACAGAUCAAUGUAAAUCCAAAGUGUGCCAUUUUGGCAUUUGGAAGUUGAAUUUCUCAAAAUGCUUGCUGGGAAAAGGCUGAGCAGCA